AUGGAUCGGCAACCAGUAAGUACACGAGACACAGUACGAGUUGUAGGAAGUAUAUUGGAGCGUUAGGGGGAAGACUAAAGAGGCUCGCGGUGCGAGUGCGCGAAAUAUCUCUAAGUCCAAAAGGGGUCCGAGCGGCGCGCGGCUGGCUAGGCUGGGCGCGGGCUGGAGAUCAACCUAAGCAAGAGUGUAUGGAAUUCAACACAUCGAGUACUGCUCUCAUCACGGCAUUACCAGGCAACUCACGAUCCCUUACACCCCGGAGCAAAACGGCCGAGCCGAACGGACAAACCGCACAAUCAUCGAGGGGACGAUUGCCCUGCUCCAACACUCGGGACUGCCCAUGACACUCUGGCGCGAGGCCCUCCGGUACGUUGUUGACACCAAAAACCUCAGCCCGCACAGCGCCAUCGAUCACAAAAUCCCGGACACUAUCUGGUAUGGCAAACCUCCCAGCACAGCAAACCUGAGAGCAUUCGGCUGCCGCGCCUGGCACACCACCCCUCAACACAAGCGGGCAAAACUCGACCCCAAGGCCAAACCAUUCAUCUUCGUCGGCAUCGAAAACAAAACCAAGGCCUGGACGCUGUACGACCCAGAAACAAUUUCGUUCUUCCAGAGCUGCGACGUCAGAUUUGAUGAGAACAUCUUCCCCGCUCGAGAUGCCCCGACUGGCCUGUUGAAUUUCAUUCUACUACAAGCCUUCGAACACUUCAACAUUGGGCCGCCGUUUGUCAGGUCCGCCCAUUUUCAGCCUCGGCGCCUUCGCCUUCGCAGCCGAGUCACCCCCUGUCCGCCGCCUCCGCGCCAGCCUGUUCAACUCACGCUCGUGCGCCGCCACCUCCCACACCGGAACUUUGUCAAUCUACCACUCCUGUCCUUACCGAGCUGUUGCCUCCGCCUAGACACCGUCAGCUUGCCAUCACCACCCUCAUGUUUCAUCGGCCAUCCAGAGCAUCGCCCAUGCAUGACACCCGUAGCUCGCAACCUUUGACCUGUCGCCCAGGACUGCCCCGCUCGCCAACACUCGACCAUGGUAGAUGAGUUUCCCUUCGUGUUCGCUGUCCAACACAGCCCCUCUUUGGAGUUCGGUCUUCUAGUUUGCAUUGUGCCCGCCCAGUUGCCUUAGAUAGCCUGCGCGCCCCCCUUGCUAGAACCUCGCCCGACUCGCGCGCUCCAGCGCCUUUCUUCCUCUUCUCUACCGCUUCCCAACAUUAGCCAGACAGCUAAUCUUCGGUAGAGAACAGCCCGCACCGCGUCCGUCGUCUCAGACCACACCUGUGCCGCCUCACGACUUCUCCUGUCGACCGUCCGUUGCACUCUUGCCACUCGACGCUCGACCAGUAGCCCUAGCGGUCGCUACGCCCAAUUCCGAACACCUCUUCGGUCCACACUCUACAUGCUCCUCGCUCCCCGUGCCCCAACCCAAAGUGUCGCAAGAUGCAUUGGCUCAGGGACUGCCCCGACACUGCUUGGGCAGCCUCCUUCCGCGCGCGUCGUGCCACCGGUUCCGGCUCCGUGGAGCUCAACACGACCUCCGGUCGCGUCGCCGUCGCUGACAUUCUUCAUGUGCCCUCGUUGCCUUGCAACUUGUUGUCCGUUCGACACCUCGACCGCCUCGGCUUCACGGUCUCGUUCAGCUCCAACGUCGCCACCAUCCGCAACGCCGCCGGCACCGCUGUCGCCACCGCUUGGGCCAUCGCAAACGACCUGUACACUCUGGACCUCGCCGCUGCACCUUGUACGCCCCACGCUCUGCUUGCUUCGCCCUCCCAGGUGUCCUUGCUUACCCUCCACAACCGCCUCGCGCACCUCCCUGUCCUCCUUCUCAAGAGAAUCGUUCAGAAAGGGAUGGUUACCGGUGUGGCGUGGGAUUACUCGGACGAGGAGUGUAGAACCUUCAAUUGCAAUGCAUGUCUCGCUUCCAAAGUGCAUGCCCUCCCAUUCGCUCGCUCCAAGUUGAUUGCCUUGCAGCGCCUCGGCCUGAUCCAUGUUGACCUUGCCCAAAUGCCACACGUUAGCUUCGGUGGUCAUCGCUACAUGCUUGUGAUCGUCGACGACCACACCCGAAAGCACUGGUGCAUCCUCCUUGCCCGCAAGAGCGACACCUUCCCGCGCCUUCGCGAUUGGAUUCUUGAGGUUGAGCGAGCGACUGGCGACAGCGUCAAGACCAUUCGCUCCGACAACGGCGGUGAAUUCACGCUGCGCAGUUUCGUCGAUUUCUGCUGCAGCAAGGGCAUUCGUCGAGAACUCACGAUACCCUACACGCCACAGCAAAACGGACGGGUUGAGCGCCCCAACCGCACCAUCAAGGAGGGCAUCCUUGCCCUUGCCUACUCGGCCGGUGUCGACUCGCGACUCUGGGGUGAAGCGGCCAUGUACUUUGUCCGAUGCAAGAACAUGACACCCCAUGCCGGCGUCAGUGGCGAAAUCCCCGACGCUCGUUGGUAUGGUUACGCACCGGAUGUUUCCUCUCUUCGCACCUUUGGCUGCCGUGCCUGGCAUUGCCUUCCUUCGGCGUCCUGCUCUGCUCUCGACCCUAAGGCCAUGCCUCUCAUCUUCGUUGGCCUCGACGACCAUUCGAAGGCUUACCGCCUGUUCAAUCCGGCGACUCGCAAGGUGCUCCUCAGCCGGAACAUCCUUUUCCAUGAAUCCGAGUUCCCCACCUCGACACAAAUUCCCGCCUCGUUCUCUCCGGCCAAUCCUCUCCCGGAUGUUGUUGCGUUACGCCCUGACCAGGCUGACCUCCCCCAGCCACUGCUCGCUGUCCCCCCCCCCCCGCUCCCCUGCGCCUCGCGCUGAGCAGCUUACCCCCGCACCUGAUGCCUCUGACCAAGGCUCGCCGGCCCUUGCUCGUAAUGUCCCUGACCAGGAAUUGCCCACACCCUUCGCCUCUGACCAAGGCAGCCCCGACUCGGCACUUUCUACGCCUUGUCCCUCUCCUCUACUCCAGCCCAGCUCCUACGAUUUCUCCGCCCUGUGCCUUGCCCCGGAGUUCUCUGAUGAUGUCGAUGACGCCCUUCACUCGCCUGCGCCUGUGUGCUACCUUGCAGAUGCUGCUGCCGCCCUCCUCGAUACUUCUUCCGUCGACCCCGCGGAGCUCGUUGCGCCUGCACGCGACCCUCCCCACUGGCGUGCUGCCAUGGCCUCGCCCCAGGCGGACAAGUGGCGUCUUGCGGCUCGUGAUGAAUUUGACUCACUCUCUCGUGAUUUCUCCGCUUUCACGCCCAUCGACCAAUCACUUGUCCCCGACGACGCCAAAAUCAUUGGCUCUCGCUUCGUCUUUCGCACCAAACGCGACCAGUUCGGGAAGAUCAAGUCUUACAAAGGCCGCCUUGUCGCCCGCGGCGAUUCCCUGCGAUCUGGUAUCGAUUUCGACGAGACUUUUGCGCCCGUUGCCAAGUUGACUUCGAUCCGUGCUCUGCUGACCCUGUCUGCUGCCCGAGGCUAUCACGUUCACCAGGCCGACAUCGACAAAGUGUACCUUCAUGGAAAGCUCGACAAGCCUUUGUACAUGCGUGUCCCCGAGGGCAUCGCCCUGCCCAGUAAAGUUCUCCAAUUGCACCGUUCCCUCUACGGCUUACGCCAGGCUGGUCGCAUCUGGAACGACGAAAUUGACUCUACCCUCCUUGGGUUGGGUUACGUCACCACUGAGUCCGACCAUUGCGUCUACAUCAAAACUGUUGGGGACGUGCACCACUACAUCGCGCUUUACGUCGACGACCUCCUCAUGAUUGGCCCCUCCCUACCCGAAAUUGAGCGUACCCUCCAGGGCCUUGAACGAUGUUACGGUGUCAAGCGCCUUGGUGAAGCGGAAUACAUCCUUGGCAUCCAGAUACGGCGUUCCUCCGACGGCUCGAUCACGCUAAGCCAGGAGCAGUACCUCAAGGACAUCCUCACUCGUUUUGGCAUGUCGAACGCCCACCCGGUUGCCACCCCGAUGAAAUCCGACCUCCACCUUGAGAUUGAGAUCAACCCUGCCCCGUUUGCGGACCGCACCCGCUGUCUUCAGGCCAUUGGCUCGCUCAUGUACGCAUCCACUGGCACUCGCCCCGAUCUGGCCUACGCUGUCGGUUACUUGGCUCGAUUCUCCCAGUCUCCAUCCGAAGCUGCCUGGGGUGCUGUCAAGCACGCUUUCCGUUACCUCGCUGGAACGCUCUCGCACGGCCUGCGCUAUUCCCGCGGCGACCCUGCUCCCAUGAUUGGCUACUCUGAUUGCAACUGGGGUGCCUGUGUGCUCUCCUCCAAGUUGACCAUUGGCUACGCGUUCCUCUAUGCCGGUGGCGCCAUCUCGUGGUCCUCGCGCCUCCAGUCUCGCGUGGCAGACUCCACUUGCGACACCGAAUACCUGGCUCUCUCGCAUGCCGGCAAGGAAGCCAUUUUCCUGCGUCAACUGUUUGGUGAGCUGGGUCUCCCCUCUUCUGCUCCGACUCUAGUACUUGGCGACAAUCAAGGCGCCAACGCCCUCACUAAGAACCCGGUUUUCCACGCCCGCACCCGCCACAUCCGACUUUGUGAGCACUUUGUCCGGGACAUGGUCGCCCUUGGUGAUAUCGCGGUCCAGUACAUCAACACCGCCGACAUCUUCACCAAGGCUCUAGCCCGCGACCUCUUUGCGCGUCACCGCGGCCGCCUUGGCAUCUGUUCUCCCUGA